AUGAAUACAACCUUUGUUUGGUCAACAACCGAAAAAGGUGAAAAGGCUAUUCUAUAUAAUAGUUACCUUUAUCGAUUAAAACGUGAAAAUCAGAAUGGUUCAUUAAUCUCUAUUUGUACUUUCAAAUGGUGUUCUCGUAUCAUUACUUUAAAAAAUGAUGCAAUUAUAAAAAACAAUGGUGAAAAUCAUAACUAUGACCUAAAAUUGCCUGGAAAUGUUCGCACCAUGCUUUGUGGAUUAAAACAUCGAAGAUUAACUGAUGUAGAUGAACCUGUUACAAAACUUUAUGAAGACGAAGUGAAACGAUUUGUAAAACCAUAUAAAGUUAUAGCAUUUGGUUCAGAACAAGCAUUAAAUUUAUUAAGUAUCAAUCCACAUUGGAAUGAUGAUGGAACAUUUCGGACAUCACCUGCAUUAUUUAUUAAAUUAUCCAAAGAAGAAAACAUUCGCCGUCAAAUAGCGAACAUUAUUGCAUUACCUUUAAUACCUCCAGCUGAAAUUGAUAAUUCUAUGGAAAAAAUUAUUGACGAGUUAUGUAAUUAUGAUUCAAAAUUAGAUAAAUUAACUGAUUAUGUUAUUAAAAAUGAUGUAGAAGAUGCUCGAUUUGCUGUUUAA